GUGCGCGUCCUUGGAGCCGUGAGAGACCGAGAGAGAGCGAUCGUGAGCGAGCGAGCGGCCCCGACGCGGAGCUGCGCAGCCCCGACUGACUGUCACUGCGAUUCGGCGGAGUCCCCGCGGCGCGACCCAACCGGCCGACCCCCGCAGCCGGACACGUCCCAAGCCCUGUCCUUGUCCCCCCCACCUACCCCCCACCCCCAGACCCAGCGCUUUUCCCUUUCUCCUACGCGAUCGCUGGAAGGAGCACCACAAAAGCAAGAGCGGCGGCCAGAAAGAAGGAAAAAAGUAUAGGAUUAUCUUCUCGAGUGUGCUCGGGCAUUUCUGACGGAAAUGGACGGUUUCGCCGGCAGUUUGGAUGACAGUGUGUCGGCGGCCAGCGCGUCGGACGUGCAGGACCGGCUGUCGUCGCUGGAGCUGCGCGUGCAACAGCAGGAGGACGAGAUCACGGUGAUGAAGGCGGCGCUGGCUGACGUGCUGAGACGUCUGGCGCAGUCCGAGGACCCCGCGACUGCCGCCAAGAAGCAAACCGCCGGCAAAGCAGGACAGAACCCCCUGCGUGAGGCCUACUCCAUGUCCUGCAUCACCAAUGGCAGCUCCAGCAGCCGUAAGCCCAGCCACCGGGAGGGGUCCUCAGUGUCUGUAGCCAGGAAGGAGACCGUGUCUUCUGCAGCUAAGAGUGGUCCAGAGAAUAAGCAUCAUAUGGAGGAGAUCAAGGAGAAAGCGGAGCCACGGGCUAACGAUAAAGUCCCAGCGCCGUCCCCCUCCAGCCACCCCCCCUCCCCCCACCCCCCUCAGUCACAAAGGCCCCCCCAGGAACACAAGAGCGCCACUCCGCUGAAAAGGGGUCACAGCACGAAGCGGGGGCCUGGAAUAGAGCGAUCCCAGAGCAGCACGUGGGACGCAGGGGAAGACGCCAGGAACAAGCUGGUAAAGGCAGCCUCCACCUCCAAGCUUCUGGCAAAGGUCGCUAGGAACACCGACAAGCAUAAAGACACGUCGAUCAGUCAGGGUAAGACGCCAUCUCAGGCCAAAAUGUCGACCCGAGAGAAAAACAGCCAAGAGGGAGAAUACAUCAAAAUGUUCAUGCGGGGUCGUCCCAUCACCAUGUUCAUCCCGUCGGAUGUGGAGAACUACGAUGACGUGAAGACGGAGCUGCCCCCAGAGAGGCUGAAGCUGGAGUGGGUCUAUGGGUACAGGGGUCGCGACUGCAGGGCCAACGUAUAUCUGCUGCCCACUGGCGAGAUCGUCUACUUCAUCGCCUCCGUGGUGGUGCUCUUCAACUACGAGGAGAGAACACAGCGCCACUACCUGGGCCACACAGACUGUGUCAAAUGCCUUGCCGUUCACCCUGACAAGAUCCGCAUCGCCACGGGACAGAUUGCCGGCGUGGAUAAGGAUGGGCGGCCCCUGCAGCCCCACGUCAGGGUGUGGGACUCGGUCUCGCUGAGCACCCUGCAGGUCAUCGGCCUGGGAACCUUCGAGAGAGGGGUUGGCUCGCUCUCCUUCUCCAAAGCCGAUUCAGGUGUCCACCUAGGUGUGAUCGAUGACUCCAACGAGCACAUGCUGACUGUCUGGGACUGGCAGAAGAAGUCCAGGAUCGCCGAAAUUAAGACCACAAACGAGGUGGUCCUGGCUGUGGAGUUCCACCCCACUGACGCCAACACCAUCGUCACUUGCGGCAAGUCCCACAUCUUCUUCUGGACCUGGAGCGGCAGCUCGCUGGCACGCAAGCAGGGCAUCUUUGGGAAAUACGAGAAGCCCAAGUUCGUGCAGUGCCUGGCCUUCCUCAGCAACGGUGACAUCCUCACAGGCGACUCGGGUGGCAUCAUGCUGAUUUGGACCCGGAGUGUGGCGGAGCCGGUUCAGAGCAAGGGCCCCAAAGUCCCACCCGCAGGCGUCUACCAGAUCAGCCGGCAGAUCAAGGCCCAUGACGGCAGUGUCUUCACACUGUGCCAGAUGAGGAACGGGACUCUGUUGACCGGAGGUGGCAAGGACCACAAAAUUAUUCUGUGGGACCAUGACCUGAAUGUAGAGAGAGAGAUAGAGGUCCCUGACCAGUAUGGGUCAAUUCGGGCAGUGGCCGAGGGCAAGGGUAACCAGUUUUUGGUAGGAACGUCGAAGAACAUGAUCCUGAGAGGCACGUUUCAUGAUGGCUUCCAGGUGGAGGUGCAGGGUCACACGGACGAGCUCUGGGGCUUGGCCACUCACCCCUUCAAGGACCUCUUCCUCACCUGUGCUCAGGACAGACAGAUGUGCCUCUGGAACGCUGUAGACCACUCCCUGGAAUGGACCAGGCUUCUGGAUGAGCACGGCCACUGUGCGGACUUCCACCCUAGCGGUGCUGUUGUAGCCAUCGGGACCCACUCAGGAAAGUGGUACGCUCUCGAUGCCGAAACGAGGGACCUGAUCGCCAUCCAUACAGAUGGAAAUGAGCAGCUGUCGGUCAUGCGCUACUCCGUAGAUGGCACUCUGCUGGCAGUGGGAUCACACGACAACUUCAUUUACCUCUACACGGUUUCAGAGAAAGGCCGGAAGUACAGCCGACACGGGAAGUGCACUGGACAUUCCAGCUACAUUACACAUCUUGACUGGUCCCCCGACAACAAGUUCAUCAUGUCCAACUCAGGCGACUACGAAAUCCUUUACUGGGACAUUCCAAACGGCUGCAAGCUGAUCCGAAACCGGUCCGAGUGCAAGGACAUCGACUGGGCCACCUACACCUGUGUGCUGGGCUUCCACGUCUUCGGGGUGUGGCCUGAGGGCUCGGACGGGACAGACAUCAACGCCCUGGUCCGAUCUCACAACAGGAAGGUGAUCGCGUUGGCAGAUGACUUCUGCAAAGUGCACCUCUUCCAGUAUCCCUGCUCCCGGCCCAAAGCCCCGAGCCAGAAGUACAGCGCCCACAGCAGUCAUGUGACCAACGUCAGCUUCCUCCACAAUGACAGUCACCUGGUGUCCACGGGGGGCAAAGACACCAGCAUCGUCCAGUGGCGCCUCGUGGAGAAGACGCCUGCCCUUGUCCCGAGUGAGAACCCGCCCCUGGGGGAGGGGCUACACCUCAACUCCACCCCCAGGGUCGUGGCCUCGCGGCCGAUCCAGACGCCCACGCCCACUGAGUCCAUUCCACCGGUCGACACUGCAUCGCCUCCUUCCGAAUCCAGUGAGGCCACUCCCAACGGACAGCGGCCUGGCUCCCCCGACACACCACCCCCUUCGGAUGCCACACCACCCUCAUCCGACAGCCCGCUGACCCCCAAGGACAGCCUGGAGCCCAGUGACGACGCAGCCACGCCCAGUGACGAGUACGCGCCAUCCAUCCCCUCGUAGGGAUGUAAGCUGGUCCGGCAUUUGCUCCUCGCUCUAUACCAGGCUCCUCCUCCUCCUUCUCCAGUCUCUGAGACUAAGCCAUCUUGGCUUCUGGGAGGAAUUGUGGCCAUUUUGGUUUUUCCUGCUACUUUUUAAAAUCUUUCUGUAUUUUUUGUUUCUUUCGUUUGAAGUCAUUUGUUGGAAAAUAAGGGGCAUGGUGUAGAAAAAGAAAGAAAAAAAAGUUGUAUUGUGUCGUAUGCUAUUUCACUCAAAUAGUGAAAGGUUGGGGGGCGGGGGGGGGGGGGGUGCCAGACAGACAGACAGACAGACAGACAUACAUACAUGCGGACACUAACACGGUCACAAACACACUGACGCAGUCGGACACUAACACACCGACACUAGCAGACACACACCAUACAUACAGCGACAUCUACAUGGGGCAGUGUGUGUGUCUCGGCAGGGGUGGGGGGCAAACGCAGUUUUAAAGUCACGCAAAAGCUGGCUUUGAGUUUUGACUUUUUUCAGCGUUUUUGGUUCGUUUUACGGAGGCGGGUGUUUUUAAGGGGGCAGACCUGCCCUGGAAAGCAGUGCCUGAUAAGACCCACUGCGGUACUAAAGCCAUGCUGCGUGUCACGGGACGCGAUGUCUUCCUUCAGUCUAAGCAGCAAGUCGCCAUGGACUUAAUUGACCAUAGACGCCUUAACUGGAGCUUACAGGCUCAAAACUUCUCUCCAUUGCCUGGACCCCCCCACACCUCUUGGCUGACCCCCGGUGAGUCCCAGUGCCAGGUAUGCCAAUGGGCAGACUGGGCGUUGAUGUACCCUCUUUCCACGGACUACGGGGCCUCACACAGCCAUAACCGUGAAUGCAGAAUUGCCACUGCUGACUAGAUAAUGAUUUUUUUUUUUUAAGUACUCUGAGGCGUUUUCGAUACAAUGAAUUACUGAGGUGUCUUGGCCACUGGCCCCGGUCGUCCGUCAUCACACUGCAUCGCAGUGGUCACCAAAUCCCGGAGGUACAACCCCUGAUUUGUACCUCAUUUUGAAAUGAGCCCAAGUGCAAAAUCAGCUUAAACUGGGUUACAAUAGAGACAUAAGACUUUCUUGUCCUUCAGUCCUCCCCCCCCCCCCCCCCCCCCGGCAAACGGUGAUGAUAGAAAAGUCUUUUAAACUGGGACUUCGUCAGCCAAUCAGCAUUUGGUAUAAGAGGCUGAGUAUCUUCACUCUGUGUUUUCUUUGGUCUCUUCUUCAAAAACAUCAUCAUCAUCAUUUUAUAAGGUUUUCAGGGUUGAUUACAGGCUCUUUCCUCCAGGGUGAAAUGUCCCGCUUGCACUCUGAGGGUUGCCACGGAGUCUUAAGCUCGCCAGCAGUCUCUUGCAUGUCUGUGUCAUUCCAGAAGGGUGAUCCGAGCCUUCGCUCCCCUCUACUCAAACUCAGGAUGAAUCCCGCUGGAAACGCAGCCAUCAGGAAGAGAGGGACUGGCUCCGAUGCCCACCCCCCAGCCCCUCCCGGUGUCCAGUCUCACACCGUCUGUAAAGAAAACGGUCCCUUUGGGUUACAGCCAGAAGUGAUGUCUCCGCUCUGUGUUUUGUUAUGUGGUCCUCGUGGUCAAAGCAGCAUCCUGAUUGGCCUAGACUAGUUCUCAGAGAUGCACAUGAUUGGCUGGUCUUGCAAAGAGCUUUGAAAUGGUAUUGAAUGGAAUAGUUUGCUUCGUUUUAAUGGGUAAAAAGUCUUAUUUUGACUUAUUUUCCAUACAUGUACAGGUGUUUCUCUUUUUCUUGUACGGUGAGAUGUUUGGAAGGAUUGUGUAGGUAUAUAAGGUCACAGCAAGGCUGUCAGCUGUGGGGGUUAGUGUGAUGGAGGGUGUAGUGUGGGACUGCAGCAUCACAUUAGUAAUCUCUUCAUGUCCGCAAGCAUUGCCUUAAGAACUCUUGUUGUCAUCUGGGGUUGGAGGAAACCUUUUAUUUUGCUGCAUGCAGAGUUGCCUUCAAAUAAGGGCUUUUUUUUAUUGGCCGCCUGGUCUGUCCAUGCGAUCCUUCAGGUUGGGGGUGGAGCUGGGGUGGGGUUUGGUUGGUGGGUGGCGGUUUAGCUCGUGUUCGCAAACUACAUAAAGACACCUCCCGAAUCACUUCAGUCACUUCAGUAAGUGCUAUAACCCCUCUAUUUGGCGAGGGGGGGGGCAUAGCCUUCCUUAUGAUCGGCUCUGCCAGCUGAAAUCUUUUAGCAUGAGCCCCCAGCUGCUCCUCAUUACCCCUCCCCCCCAGGAGAGACAUUCAGGUGUCACUGAUUUGUGUAUAUAAUAGUAUGCCUGUCUGUAUAUAUCUGGCAUUCACUGAAAAUGACUCCACCCACAUAAGUUUUCCGGAAGGCGUGGCCAUAGCGGCUGAGCUACACGCUGAGGGGCUCACACUCCAAGCCUGAACCUGCAGAAGCAGUGAUCUCACACAGUAGAGGGAGAGGAGUCUGCGUCAGCCUGUCAGGUCAUAUAGCAACCCCCCCCUCCCCCCCCCCCCCCCCCAACCCACAGUUUAUUCAGGGUGUUUGGCCUGCCGAGGCUAUAAGUGAUCUUUGACCCGGGUUUUGGAGUUCAAGAGUGCCGUUGCGGUGAAUGGCCCUAUUUGGGUCAGCCCCUGAGAUGGAUGUUCCUCCCAACAGAAGGUUCCAGAACCUCCCCCCCCUUCCCCCUGUAAACAUCAAAGCUUCAUCAUCAGACAGAAACUAGAGACGACUCCUGAAAUAUUGCGCCCAUCACCCGAGCUGUAGCCAUGGCGCCCACUCAGUAAGCCGCCAGUCUGACCACAACGCUGCUCAGCAAGUCCGACACGCCUUGUCGACGUCUUGCCGCAGGACUGGCAACCAUCCACACCACACCCACGUGUAAUGGUGAAGGGAUGCCCCGGAGACUCGGCAUCACCCCCACCCCCCCACCCCGGACUGCCCUCGGUCAGUGGCCAGGCUGCACCUCCUUGGCUGAGCUCUGGGACAACAUGCUAAUAUAGAAGCUGCAGUAACGCGAGUGCUGGCGACGGCAGACCUGUAUGCUGGGGGGGGGGGGGGGGGUACUCGUUUUACGUGAAGACGUUUGAGCCAAUCUGUUUCUCAUGCAUUCCUGUCAAAGGGCAGAAAAGUAGUGAAGAUUUGAGAAAAAUGGAAAUAAAACUUUUGAAAAGUAA